AUCUAAACAGAAAAUGUAUUUAUAUGUGUCUGUUUUCAAAAACUGUCUGAAUAAGUAUGAUUAGAAUAUUAACUAAGAUCAUUUCUUUCGCAGCCUUUUUGGCAGUAGCUCAAGCUGGACUUCUUCCAGAAACAUACCACGCACCACUGGAGUACGCACCUGUCGCAAAGGUAACAUACUCAUCAGCCUCAGAUGUAUCAUAUUCCAGCGUAUCAGCUCCAGUAGCCCACUCUGCUGCUCCAUCUUACGCUAAACUAGCUGCUCCAGUCUCAUACGCUGCCCCAGCACAUUAUGCACCAUUGCAGUACGCUGGACCUGUCGCUAAAGUAGCAUACUCAUCAGUUCCAGCUGUAUCAUACUCUAGCGUAUCAUCUCCCGUAGCCUACGCUGCUGCCCCAUCUUAUACCAAAGUAGCUGCCCCAGUUGCAUACUCUACCCCAGCUCAGUAUGCUGCACCUAUCGCUAAAGUAGCAUACUCGUCAGCCCCAGCUGUGUCAUACUCCAGCGUAUCAGCUCCUGUAGCCUACGGUGCUGCCCCAUCUUACGCUAAACUAGCUGCCCCAGUUGCAUAUGCUGCUCCAGCUCAGUAUGCUGCACCUAUCGCUAAAGUAGCCUACUCUUCAGCCCCAGCUGUAUCAUACUCCAGUGUAUCAUCUCCAGUAGCCUACGCUGCUGCUCCAUCUUAUGCCAAACUAGCUGCACCAGUCGCAUAUGCUGCUCCAGCACAAUAUGCUACUCCAGCUGUAUCCUACGCUGCCCCAGCAUACAAAGUAUCCGCUCCAGUAGCCUACGCCGCACCAGUACACAAAACCAUAAUCGCCGAAUCUGAAGCACCAGCUAACUACGAUUUUGGAUACGCCGUAAACGAUCCCCACACUGGAGACAGCAAAAGUCAACAAGAAUCCCGUCAUGGGGAUGUUGUCCGUGGAAGCUACUCCCUUGUUGAAGCCGAUGGAAGCAAACGUAUCGUAGAAUACACCGCUGAUGCCCACAAUGGUUUCAACGCAGUUGUUCACAAGGAACCAGCUCAGGUUGCUGCUAAAGCCGUUGUAGCUAAAAUCGCUGCUCCAGUCGCUUAUGCUGCCCCUGUAGCUAAAUUGGCUGCUCCAGUCCAAUAUGCCGCACCAUUGGCCCAUGGAUCUUACUACCAUUAA